AUGGCUUCAAAGGGACUUGCAAUUAUCGCUGGCGUUGGCCCUGGCACGGGCGCCUCCAUUGCCCGGCGCUUUGCUAAAUUAUAUUCGGUCGUGCUUCUGUCUCGUACCCCGAGCAACUUUGAGCCACUUGUCCAGGAGAUCAAUUCGAGUGGUGGACAGGCCAUCGGUAUCAGCACCGACGUCUCCGACGCCAACAGUGUUAAAUCGGCCUUUGAUGAGAUCGAGAAGCAAUUCCCAGAUUCUCCACUAGCUGCAUCCAUCUUUAAUCCUGGGGGUGGCUUUGUGAGGAAGCCUUUCCUGGAACUUACCGACGAGGACUACUCUAAGGCACUUGACUCGCAAGCAAAGGGUGCAUUUUACUUUGCCCAGCGUGCUCUCCCCCUCCUUCUAAAGGCCAAAGACUCAUCUCCCCACCCGCCGACUCUCAUCUUCACAGGCGCCACCGCCAGUAUCAAGGGAUCCGCCCAAUUCGCUGCAUUCGCAAGCGGCAAGUUCGCCCUCCGUGCUUUGGCUCAAUCACUAGCCCGUGAAUUUGGACCUCAGGGUAUUCAUGUGUCGCAUGCUAUCAUUGAUGGCAUUAUCGACAUCCCACGCACGAAGCAGUGGGUUCUUCCCCAUGAAGAUGCUAAAUUGAGCCCUGAUUCUAUUGCGGACUCGUAUUGGUAUCUGCAUACUCAGCCGCGAACUACGUUUGCCUUUGAGUUGGAUCUGCGGCCUUAUAUUGAGAAGUGGUAG